GUGACAUCAGAAGGUAAGCUGUUUACAUUUGGUGAUGGUACUUUUGGUGCGCUUGGGCAUGGUGAUCGUAUAAGCACAAACAUACCUAGAGAAGUCGAUGCGCUAAGUGGCUGCAGAACGAUAAAGACAGCUUGUGGUGUUUGGCAUUCAGCUGCUGUUGUCAGUGUUUUCGGUGAGGCCACAUCAUCAGGAAAGCUCUUUACUUGGGGUGAUGGAGACGAUGGGAGACUCGGACAUGGUGAUAUAGAGUCUAGACUAAUCCCAUCUUGUGUAACUGAACUGGAUACAACUAGCUUUCAGCAGGUAGCUUGUGGUCAGAGCAUUACCAUUGCUCUCUCUGUGUCUGGACAAGUUUACGCAAUGGGAAUUGCUGAUCCGAGUCAAGAUAAUGCUGUGAGAGCUCCUUCUUGCAUUGAAGGGGGUCUAGGAAAGAGUUUUGUCCAAGAAGUGGCUUGCGGGUUUCACCAUAUCGCGGUUUUGAACGCAAAAGCUGAGGUCUACACUUGGGGCAAAGGAUCAAACGGACAGCUCGGGCACGGAGACACCGAACAUAGAAGCACGCCGACUCUUGUGAAAGCUUUGAAAGGUAAACAAGUGAGGAAAGUG